AUGUCACGAAUCUACUCAGCCGGGCAGUACCAGCAGACGUACCUGCCGCACCGCCUGAACAACUGGAUGGCGCCUGACAACGGCAAGCAGCACGCCACCACGGCGCCCGGCCGGUACGGCACGCUGCGGGCCAAGCCCCCGGGGUCGCGCACCCAGUUCAUCGUGGACAAACGCGGCCACCUCUUGCCUGGCGUGCCAAAGGCCAACACUGCGUUCAGCAGCGGCGCCGAGGCGCUCGGCGGCGUGCCGCCGCGCUGGCCGAGCCCCUCGCCCGCGCUGCUCGCAGCGCCGGCGGCGACCAUGGGGUACAAGGGAAUCCAGACGGACUACCUGCCCAGCAGCACCGUCAUCACAACCAGCGUGCAGCUGGAGG